CUUCACCUGUCAGUCUCUCGGCUCUUUGGCGGUAGCUGUUUCUCCUGACUUCUUACUUCUUAAUUUCCAGGUCUCGCAUUUACUGCCAUGUCCUCUGAAGAAGGGAAGCUCUUCGUGGGAGGGCUCAGUUUCAACACUGACGAGCAGGCUCUGGAAGACCACUUCAGCAGCUUUGGGCCUAUUUCUGAGGUGGUCAUUGUCAAGGACCAGGAGACUCAGCGAUCCCGGGGUUUUGGCUUCGUCACCUUUGCCAAUCCAGAGCAUGCCUCAGAUGCCAUGAGAGCCAUGAAUGGAGAGUCUCUGAAUGGUCGCCAGAUCCGUGUGGACCACGCGGGCAAGUCAGCCUGAGGAACAAGAGGAGGGGGUACCUUUGGGUCCUAUGGGUGUGGUCGUGGCUACCCUAGAGGUGGUGGAGACCAGGGCUAUGGAGGUGGCAGGUAUGACAGUCGACCUGGAGGAUAUGGAUACGGAUAUGGAUAUGGAAGGUCCAGAGACUAUGGCGGCAGAAGCCAGGGUGGUUAUGACUGCUACUCAGGAGGAAAUUACAGGGACAAUUACGACAACUGAAAUGAGGCAUACACGCCUAAUGUAGAUGCACAAGGAAUAAAACUUCUGAUCCAGGACCUUCCUUCCAAAUGGCUGUGUUUAUAAAGAUAUUUGGAGCUGCACUGAAACAUCUGGGUUUUUUUAAAGUACAUCAAGCUUUUUUUUUUUUUAAUUGAGCUCCCAAGGUAGCUUGUUAAAGACUUUUCAGAAAGCUCCAUGUUUUUUUCUAAAAAUUUCCUGUUUAAAGACAAAUUCUGAGACAUCUGUAGUGUCUGGGUAAUUUUUUCUUUUUACCAGUUGUUUUAAUUCAGGCUGUCAGAAUUAUCAAAAAUGUUUGGCCAGACUGAUUUUUUUUGAAGAUAAUAUGCAUCUAGGAGCAUGUAAAAAACCUGUAUGCAAUGUUUUCAGUUGUCAUUAGAAAGCAAUUUACCACUGUAACUAAGAAAUGAAGAACAUAAUUACUUAGGGGUACUUUUUACUCCAGAUAUCUGCCUUCGUUAUAUAGAAGUUUCUUAAAAAUAUUUGUACGUCAGUUUUUGAUACUGGAAGA